GCUAACUGAGAGUCAGUUAGAUUUGAAAUAGUCCUACUCAUACUUAUACUCAUGAUAAUAGGGGGAAGAGAUCCUCCACAUCCUCCACCCCACAACUCACCCAACAAACACAGAUCACACCGCGCAUCGCUCCUCGCGCGCCACUCAAUCAGACUCUCCACAUCGCCUCGACUCGUCGCGUGCUGGAAGAUGACCAUCUUACUGGGCAAUUGCUUCGCUAGGUCUUGCAGUCUUCGCCCAGAGGGCGAAUACGGGGCCGUAGCCGUGGGGUAUUCUUUUUGUAGCCAGUUGGCGUUCUUCUGGAGUGAGGAUGCUGCCGUUGAGGUGUUUGCUGAGGAAUGUCUCGAGGUAGCUAAGUUGGGGGCGUCGUAGCGGCGUAGAUGUGCGAGUCGAAGGGGGCGUUGGGCUGGGUGAUGUUAGAGAGGGUACAGAGGGGCAGGGGGGUACGUCUUUGUUUUUCCUGUGGGAUGAGGUCGUCUGGGGAGCGCGCAUAGCGGUAUGUGACUGCUACGUGCAUGGCUGGGGCAAUGGCCCGGUGUGCGCUGAA